UCCAAGCAUAGGAGCCGAUCUUCCCUCGGCGAGUGGAGGCACCAAAGCCGAGCUCAUCGGCCUCCCGUCUGUCUGCUUUGCAGCCCGGAAGUGGGAAAGCGGAGAGGCGGGUUCCUAAACCCAGGAGAGGAGGAGGGUCUCUUUGCAAGAGGAGGGGGGGGGCUGCCUCUCUCUGCCGGCCUGCGCUGGAACAGCAGCACUUGCCAGCCGGUAGCGCGGAAGGAGGGCGCCGCCCGUCCCGCCGUUAGAGCUUCUGCUUCCCUUGCCACCCCCCCACUCACACCUCGGCCCACCCAUGUCAAGCCUGCAGCGCCCCCCGGCUGCUUCGGCCCAGGCCCCGCCGGUUUCCUUAAGCGCGGAGCAGGCUAAAGUGGUUUUGGCGGAAGUGAUCAAGGCAUUCGGAUCUCCGGAAAAUGCUCAGCGCCUGGAGGAAGCCAGGGACAAUGCCUGCAAUGACAUGGGGAAGAUGCUUCAGUUCCUGCUUCCUGUGGCUACCCAGAUACAACAGGAUGUGAUCAAAGCUUAUGGUUUCAGUAAUGAUGGGGAAGGAGUCCUAAAGUUUGCCAGAUUGAUAAAAUCAUACGAGUCUCAGGAUCCUGAAAUUGCAAGCAUGUCUGGGAAGCUGAAGUCUAUGUUUCUGCCUCCAAUGACUCUACCUCACCAUGGAGCUGGGGCAGGAGGUGCAGUUGCCACAUCAUGAAGCAAGCAGCCUGUGGUGGGAUCUGUAUUAUUUUUAUGUUUCCACAUCAGACUAACUUGGCUGGAACUUGGGCAUUGUUUUCUUUCGUUAUCAUGGAAGAGGUUUUUUUGACUUUUUUCUAUAGUCCUUAAUAUUUUUUUGUGCUUAUGAAUAAAAACUUCCUGUAAAUAUGUCCCAUCAUAUUUCUGACUGAGAGUUUCUGUGCCAGCUUUUUCUAUUUACUAAAAUAUAUUUUAAUGAAUGUCAGAUCUUAGUCUAUUCACUCGUAUUUCAUAGUAGCAUUUUAUUUAAACAGUUCGUCAUUCUAGUUAGAAAGCUAAUUGCCAGGCUGGGUGGAUAGAAAAUUUUUAAAAAUCUUCUGUAAAAAACACAGACUAACAAUUUCUCUUUACAAACUUACUGGUAAGUGUAGUUUUUUGCGAUCUACUAUAAAUAUCUGAAGCAGAACUGUAUAUUAUUCUUAUGCCAACCUCUCACAGUUUUUUUUAAUAAAGUAAUCAUCAGAAGAAGUAAUGUUCUGUAAUCACCUUGAGCUCCAGGAGGAAAGAACAAAGAGAUCCAAUUUGGUUUUGCGGUAAAGGUGCUGGUCUAGAAACCAGCAGAUUCUGUGUUCUAGUCCUGCCUUAGGCAUGAAAUCUGGCUGGGUGUCUUGGAGCUAUUCACUCUCUCAACCCACCUCUCUUCAGGGCUAUUCUUGAGGGGAAAAGAGGAGGAGGAAGAAGUAUUAUGUUUGCCACCUUAACUUACUUAUAAAGUAAUAAAGGUAGGAUUACAAAAAUUAAUAAACCCAGUCAAUACCUUGGUCUAUAAGUAGAAAGUCUGAAAGGGGGAGGGAGGGAGGAGGAAAGAGUAACUGGAUUUGUUUCAGAUGAGUCUCUUUCAUAGAAUCAAUUGGUCAGCAGUUGUUCUGGAGAAACAAUUUUGAAAUUACAGUACCUCUUUUUCAUUUUUGUUUUGUUUUUAAUAAUCAAUAAGCUGCUUUGCUGGGGUUUGUACCCUGAACAGAGAGAUUUGAAUUGCAAUAAAUAAGGCAUCAGGCUAGAAACUGGGUGACCAUGGGUGGUAGUCCCACCUAAACCAUGAAAGCAGGUGGGUGAUUCAUUCUUUUUUAUCCCUGGGAAGAAGGCCAUAGCAAACUACUACUGAAAUCUUGUCAAGAAAAUUAAAGGGGCUAGUCCAGGCAGUUGCUAGGAGUCAACAUCAAAUCCAAGGGACCAAAAAAAGUAUAUUUGGUGAUGUACAGUAUAUCACUAUUUCUUUAUACAGCUGCAUCAGCUACUGCUGAAGCAAAUGCUUGGAAGUAGUCAUGAAUCUUAAAGAGACUACAGAAUUGGAGACUCAUUUUCAGUGCCAAGAUGAUACCAACGUUGCUGGAUGAAUAGACAAUAGGGCAGUCAGGGAUGCCUGUUACUGCAUCAUUAAACAUUUGCAUGUAAAAAUGCAGGUGAAGAAGGGGCUCGUGUGUCUAGGUAGCCAGUGAAGGUGUAUUCACACUGAGAAAAUGGAGAGGGUUACAUUUACCACAGCCACUGACCUAAUCAGACUAAGAAACACCCCACCUGCCCACCCCCAACUCCAGAGAGUGAGCAAAUUAAAAACCCACGACCACUGUAAUGGUUGGCUUAGUUGUUGUCCUAUACAAUCAACAAAGCAAAUGCUGGAAGAUAACAAUAUCACUGUCUCUACUGAAAAUUUUAAAAACAGUGUUCUCAGCCUUGGCAACUUUAAGAUGCUUAGGCUUCUCCUCCCGGAAUUCCUCAGCUAGCGUUCUGAGAGGGAUGUUGCUUUAGAGAGAAUAGUCACUGCUCAUGUUCAUGUUGACUGCAACCAUGCAAUUGAAGCCCUGCCUUUUUUUUGGGGGGGGGCUGUAUGCAUGAGGAAAAGAUGCAGCUUUAGUGCAUUGUCACAACUUGACUUUUUUGGGCCCUAUGUAGAUAGAAAUCUAUCUACAUUUCUAUCUAUGUAGAUAGAAAUGCUCAGAUCCCUUCUAAAGCUAUCCAACCUGGUAAUUAUUACUAUAUAAUUGAUAUUUAGCCACAAUUUAUUCAAUAAGCCACAAUUGGGUGAGUUUAUAAAACACAUUUUAGUCAUAAAACAUGGAAGGUGGAAUGAAAACAGCAGUCAGAUUAUGUUUUCUCAUGAUGUCUAAAUUCAUAGCGAAUCUAUAUACAGUAUAUAAAAGCAAAAUACCACUCAUGCAUCAUCACAAAAUCUCCAGAAUGGUAAAGCCUACAAACUUGAAAUUUGCCAGGUAUGUUCCUCUUGGCUUCUAGGUGCUCACUAAGAAAGAAUUUUUCGAAAUGACCAUCAAAGCAUUAGUAUUUCCUAUAUUAUUAUUAUUAUUUAUUAUUGUAAAUUUAUUAUUUACAAUUGCUUAAUUGUAGCCUAUGACUAUCAUUAAGUGUUGUAUCAUUAAGUGUUAAAUUUGUAUCCUAUGACUAUCAUUAAGUGUUGUAAGUGCUGUACCUUGAUGAAGGUAUCUUUUAUGUACACUGAGAGCAUAUGCAUCAAGACAAAUUCCUUGUGUGUCCAAUCACACUUUGCCAAUAAAAAAUUA